AUGAACGGAUCUUACAAUGAUGUGCUCCUGCUGCAAUUCAGCUCUCAGAUUAAUCACACAGAAUCAGGCUGUGAAAAUGCCAGCUCCAUGUUGUGGAUAUCUAACAGCACAUCUGCUCCUCCUCCAGCAGGAGCACUGUGCCAGCAGGUUCAGAUCAAGGCUGAAGUUUUUCUUACACUUGGUAUUGUCAGCCUGCUGGAAAACAUUCUGGUCAUUUCAGCGGUUGUGAAGAACAAGAACCUGCAUUCGCCAAUGUACUUUUUUCUCUGCAGCCUGGCUGCGGCGGACAUGCUCGUCAGCGUUUCUAAUUCCUUGGAGACGAUGGUAAUUGCACUUCUGAGGAGCAACCUUCUUGAACUGAGCGACUAUUUUGUUCGCUUGAUGGACAACAUCUUUGAUUCUAUGAUCUGUAUUUCACUGGUGGCAUCCAUCUGCAACCUCCUGACUAUUGCCAUUGACCGUUAUGUCACUAUUUUUUAUGCACUGCGCUACCAUAGUAUUGUUACAGCCCGGCGGGCAUUAAGUGCCAUUGGAGUUAUUUGGCUUGUCUGCAUCAUCUGUGGCAUUGUUUUUAUUGUGUACUCGGAAAGCAAGAUGGUCAUUAUCUGUCUAAUCACGAUGUUCUUUACAAUGCUGGCAUUAAUGGCUACACUCUAUGUGCACAUGUUUCUGCUUGCUAGGCUCCACAUUAAGCGAAUCGCAGUGUUACCCGCUGUUGCCGGUGACCCAGUGCCUCGGCAACGCAGCUGCCCGAAGGGAGCAGUGACUAUCAGCAUCUUGUUGGGGGUUUUUGUGUGCUGCUGGGCACCCUUCUUUCUUCACCUUAUUCUUUUGGUAGCUUGUCCACGCCACCCUCUCUGCCUUUGCUACAUGUCACACUUCACCACUUACCUGGUGCUCAUCAUGUGUAACUCGGUCAUCGAUCCGAUCAUCUAUGCCUUCCGCAGCCUAGAGAUGAGAAAGACUUUUAGGGAGAUUCUCUGCUGUUUCGGGGGAGGAUGCCCGGUUCCAGCUUGUGAGACAGUGCAAGAUUUGGAGACUGGAGGAUCGAUAGAGAGACAACAAAAACGGGAAAAGGAAAAUGAGACUGAGUGA